AUGUCAAUAAAAUUAAGAGAACUAAUCCGAAACAUACGAAAUUGCAAAACAGCAGCAGAAGAAAGAUCGGUAGUUGCCAAGGAAUGUGCAUUGAUUAGAACAGCCUUUAAGGAAGAAGACAAUAUUUAUAGGCAUAGAAAUGUUGCGAAAUUAUUAUUCAUGAAUAUGUUGGGAUAUCCAACACACUUUGGUCAAAUUGAAUGUUUAAAAUUAAUUGCAUCAAAUAAAUUUUCCUUCAAAAGAAUUGGAUAUCUAGGGUUAACCAUACUACUGGAUGAAAACACAGAUAUCCUAAUGUUAGUUACAAAUUCUAUAAAAAAUGAUUUAAAAAAUAGCAAUCAAUAUAUUAACGGAUUAGCCUUGUGUGCAUUAGGGAACAUUGCAAAUUCAGAAAUGUGUUCCUCAUUAAGAUAUGAAAUUUUAGAUUUGAUGAAUAUAAAUAAUCCAUACAUCAAAAAAAAAGCAGCCAUGUGUGCAAUUCGUAUUUUAAAAAAAACAAACGACAUGGAAGAUAUGUUUGUUGAUAAUAUUAAUAAUCUAUUAGAGGAUAGAAAUCAUGGUGUUCUAAGUGCAGGUAUUAGUUUAAUGAUAUCCUUAGUAGAAAAAAAUUCACAAUAUAAAAAGCUCCUCAGAGGGCACACAAAUAAAAUUGUUAAAAUUUUGAAAAGUUGUGUCAUGUCCAGUUAUUCCCAUGGUGUAGAAUAUGACGUAUACGGCAUCAAUGAUCCAUUUCUACAAGUUAAAAUUUUGAAGCUUCUGAAAUAUUUGAAUACAGAGGUGUUGUCUGGUGGCAAUACAAUUGAUGCGCACGGAUCAGGUAGAUCUGAUAAAACGUUUGAAAAUGAUACAGAAAACUGCUCAACCAUGAAUCAUGCAAGAAAUCCAAUUGGAAUGGAAGCAGAUAAUAAACAACUUGGUUAUGAUAUGGAAGAAGUGAAUUCAGUGUUAGCUCAAGUAGCAACAAACACGGAUUCUACUAAGAAUGUAGGGAACGCAAUUUUAUACGAAUGUGUGAAGACAAUUACAUAUAUAUCAUCAGAUCCAGGUCUAUUAGUUCUAGCUGUGAAUGUGUUAGGGAAAUUUUUACAAAAUACAGAUAACAACAUUAGAUAUGUUGGAUUGUGUACCUUACAAAAAUUGCUAAAGAAGGAUCCGAAAACUUUGCAUAUUUAUAGAAACACAAUCAUAGAAUGUUUAAAAGAUCAAGAUAUAAGUAUAAGGAAAAAAGCAUUAGAUGUAUCAUUUGCCCUUAUAACAAAAGAUUCAUUAAAAGUUAUGGUUAAAGAAUUAUUAAAUUAUUUACUUGUAGCUGAUAUAGAAAUAAAAAGUGAUAUUGUAUCAAAUAUAUGUGUAGCUGUAAAUAAAUAUGCACAAAAUGUACAAUAUUUGUUAGACACAUAUAUAAAAUUACUAUGUUUAGCCGGAAAUUUUAUACAAGAUCAUAUUAAAAAUGACUUUAUUUACCACGUUUUGCAAAAUCCAGAAUUUCACUCUUAUGUUGUGUAUAAAAUAUUUUUCUGUAUAAAAGAAAAUAUAAAUCAAUAUGCUUUGGUACAAGUUGGAAUUUGGUGCAUAGGCGAGCUAGGAGAUUUGUUAGUACAGGAAAAUAAAAAUGUCGGGCCAGAUGGAGAAAUGAUAAAAGUUACACAUGAUGAUGUUUUUGAUUUGUUAGAAAAAAUUGUAAAAACGUAUGAAAAAAAUGCUAUUAAAGAAUUACAUAAUAUUAAUAUUAAAGAUCCUAUACACAACAUUUUGUAUAAUAAAUCAUCAAAUAUAUUUGAAGAUAUUCAUUUAAAUACAUCUAAUUAUGGUCAUAUUAGCUACCAUAACAAUGCAAAUGUAUGUUGCAAUGUUGCUGGAGAAAAUGCACACACUUAUGAUAAUAAUGUUAUCCUGCAGUAUAUACUUAUGUGUCUUAAUAAACUCACAGCACGUUUUCCAACGCAGAAAUUAAAAAUUGAAAAAAUUAUUCAGAAAUACAAAAAAAAUAAAUGUAUUGAAAUACAACAAAGAGCUUGUGAAUUUCACGAAUUAAUGAGUACCAAAUGGGAUGAUAUAAGGGAUUCCAUAUUGCUACGAAUACCUCCAUGUACGAAUCAAAAAAUGAACAAAAAAAAACAAGCACACAAAGAAUAUGAUUACGAUGAUGAUGAUGAUAAUAUCAGAGCAAUAGAUGACAACAUUACUCGUAACCAAAUAAUUAACAACUCAACCAAUAUGAUGAUAAAUUCAUCAAGAGAACAAUACACAGAUCAUCAAACCAGUACUGCAUGUGUGGAUCUGUUAGACCUAGAAGAUGUGCUAGGUAUACAAAAUGGGGAAGUGAAGAAUGUAAGCAACACAAUGAACAAUCUUAAUACUGUCCCAGGUAUGAAUAAUAAAUUCAACGAAAUAGUUGAUAACAAAUUAGAUAUGUUUGACAUUACGGAUGAUCUAAAUAUAACCAGUGCUGAUCUCUUGAAGAGUCAUGAAUCUCAUGACAACUCCUUGAGGAAUGAAAAAGAAAUAGAAAUUGUAAAGAAAAAAAAUGAAGAUAUUCUGGUGGAUCUUUUUGGAAGCAUCUCCAUUAAUAAGCCGAAGAAUAAUACGCAAGGAAACAAUUCAUUAAAUCUCCUUUUGGACGACAUGGCAGAAGAGAAAUACAACGACAUUCAAAGUCUAAACCUAAUGGACGCCAAGGUACAAAUAGAACCAUUGAAGGUAUACGACAAAAACAACAUCGAAAUUUAUUUUGAAUUUGAAAAAGAAAAUAUAAAUUCAGAAUCAGCAACUAUAAGAGCCUUCUACUCCAACAAAUCAAAUGAUUUGAUAUCUUCCUUCGUUUUCGAGGCUGUUGUUCCCAAUUACGUGAAUCUCGAAAUACUCUCAGCCUCAUCUAGUGAUCUUCCACCCGGUGAAGAAAAGAAAGUACAUCAGGAUCUAAAAAUUGUCAAUAAAAUGCUCAAGAAAAAACCACUUCUUAUGAAAGUGAGGAUAUCCUAUUUAAAGAAUGGAGAAAAAUUUCAAGAUUUCAUUAACAUAGGAAAAUUUCCUUCUGUUUUGUGA